AGGAGGUGGAGUCCCCAAACAUUAACCUCCACGCCCUCAAAGGUCCUAGGAAUUUCUCCCACCAUGGCUUCCCUCCACCACACUCGUGGGUGGACACUCCUUCACACGCACAGCCCCCCAUGGACUUCCCCUCACUCAGACACCUUUCCCCAAGUAUAUUCUUAUGUCUGCUUGGAUAGACACCCACUUAUCCACGGGACCCCCCGUACACACACACCUUUGAGUGGAUACCCCACAUGGACCUUCCCUUUUAGAAAGCAAACACCCCUCAGUUGAUGGCCCUCAACCUUUCCCCUGCCCUGUCCCCCACAGAAAGACCUUCCCCUGACGGGUGGACACAUCUGCACCCACAGACCCAUAUAUGAGGACAGCCUCCAGCACAGCCCUUCCCCCACAAAUCUCACAAUACACACACAUACACCUUUUAUGGAUGUACACCGACCUCCACAGACACCUGCCAGAAAGACCAAGAUCAGAGACUCCCAGGCCCUGAGGACACAGGGUUCUGGGACAUUUUUCUCCCGUUCCGUGACGUGACCUUUGACCCCGCCCCCCUACCUUUGCCCACCUAGGCUGCAUGUUGGUGGGGCGGGGCCCCCAAGUCUGGCUUGGCGGAGUGGUGAGUGACGACCCCCACCCCCUUCGGAAGAUCACUGAACCUGCCUACCCGACCUCCAGAUCGAUCUUCUACCCUACCCUCUCCUUCUGGGCAAGAAUUUGUGCCUCAGUUUCCUAGCCUAGGGUCUUCGUUCUGCAUUCGUGAUAACUGAGGGGCUGCAUUGUUCCUGGCCUUCCUGUGCAUGCAGUCGCUGCUCUCCACGUACCCCUACCUACGGCUGCUUCCUCGAGCCCUCUCCAUGGCCACACGGCCUCCCGAAGCCUCGGCCCCCGCCCCCGCUGGCUCGGACUACGUCGCUGGUUCCGUCUCAGUCGUCUUUGUCACCUGCCCCAAUGACAAGAUCGCCAAGACUAUUGCCAGGGCUGUGGUGGAGAAGCGACUGGCUGCCUGUGUCAAUCUAAUACCUCACAUUACAUCUAUCUAUGAAUGGAAAGGAAAGAUUGAGGAAGACAGUGAGGUGAUGAUGAUGAUGAAGACUCAGACUGCCUUGGCCCCAUCCUUGACAGAAUUUAUUCGUUCUGUUCACCCAUAUGAAGUGGUAGAAGUCAUUACAUUGCCUGUGCAACAGGGGAACCUUCCAUACCUUCACUGGGUAAAAGAUAGCACCACUCAUCAAUGACGACUCUAUUUUGAUGACUUCUGAGCCUACUCUGAUACCUCAAGCUAACUUCUGUACUCUCUCUCACUUUCUCUAAUAAACCCUACCCCUGGAAUGCUG